AAUUAAUUUCGUUAAGAGAGAACAACAAAAAGAGAGAACAAUGUCGUCGUCGAGGGAGCUACAAUACUUGGAGUACACAUAUAGGAACAACCGUCCCACAACGGGUCUCCUCAACUCCAUCUUCAUGACCACCGUCAACACGGCCGCUCGUUCUCUCGUCUCCGUCGCCUCCACCGCCUCUACACCGGAGAUUCCUUCUAGGCGGUGGUCGGCUUCGGACCACCUCAGGUUCAUGUCUAUGAUGAUGACGUGGCUUACCCUUUGGAUCCUUAGAGUUUUCUUGGACUAUCUUCCUCUUCCUCUCAUCUCUUCUUCUUCUUCUUCUUCUUCUUCUGCUUAUUCUUAUUCUUAUCCUCCCUUUAGUUUCGCUUCGGGUCUUCUUACCACGGCGGCGGAGAACGCGUUGGUCCCGGCUAAGGCUUCCUCGUCGUCGUCCACAUCAUCAACGGCGUUGGUGAAGUACUCAUCAGGGUCGUCGGAUUUGGGUAUGAUGAUUUGCGACGGCGUUGAUGAGCCUUCCGUUAAUUCUCUCGGUAGAGCACUUUGUCACGCAUUAGCGCUCAUGAACGAGAUUCCAGUAACCUCAAGAAAAUACCAAUUUGCCAUGGGAAUGGCUGAGAAGAUCAUGGAAGACAACGCUCAGAGCGGCCACGUCGAUUUACUCGACGUCAAUAGAGCGGCCCUCGCUUCCUCCUUUGCACGCACCACUGCGCGUUUGCAGGACUGCUUGAAACGCUCUCGAACCGCAGACGAGCCCUUCGGUGGUUUGCCGCUGCGUGUGGUCAGCGCCCUCCCUCUAGGCGGCUACGUUGCCUCCUACGUGAGAGGGUUAAGUGCAUGUAUCAACACGGUCAGGUCCUUAGCGGACAUGACUGGGAACUUGUUAUCACAGAGUAGGAGGAGAGAGUCUACCGUGGUGAGAGCGGGUGGUAUCCAAGAAAAUGAGGCUGAACUAGCAGUCGAGAAGCUUGCGGAGGAGCUGCUGUGGAUGACAGAGAAGCUUAGGCGUUACGGUGCGGUGGCAGAAGGGAUUAAGCGGUGGAGCUACGCUUCUGGUUUAGCUUCCUUGUCUCUCACGGCUGCUCCCAGGGUUCAAGGCCUCAUGGUUAAAAUUUCGGCGGUCUUAAUUGGAGAGUUAGCAAGAGACAGCACACAAGUUCCAGGACAAGUGACAUUCAGGCUCCUUGCAAACUGGCUACCACUGUUUAGUCACGCAAGGAACGGGCUAGCAUUUCCCGUACUGACGGGUUAUGAGAGAGUUGAGGUGGAACGAGCCAUAGACAAAGCCAUCUCGACUUUACCUGCAUUGGACCAAGAAAUCUUACUCACUAACUGGCUCCAAGAUUUCUCAAUCUCAGCCUCUGAGUGGCCCAAUCUCCAGCCAGCAUAUGACCGUUGGUGCCACUCCACUCGCCAACUCUUCAUGUAGACGACCAAUACAAUUAGUCAUGAUGGUCAUGUUCCAAAGAGAACAUGGAUAUGCUUGUCGUACUUUACUUUGCUACGAGUUUUGAUAAUACCUUCUGUGUCCACACAUUUAUCUUAGCCUCUUAGGUAAUAAGGCAAGUUUCGAUCU